UUUCUUUUAAUUUAAAACCAUUACUCAAUAUUUAACAUUAAUUUAAUACUUUUUAAUUUGUAAUCUGAUAAUAAUAUUAAAUAAUGAACAAUUACCUAUUAUUCUUUUAAGAUUAUAAUUUUACGUAAUUGUUUUACACUUACUAGCAGACAAUUGGGUCGUAUUUAACACGAACGCCAAAGGUUUUAUUUCAGGGUUCGUAGGAGUAGGAGAUGCAGCCCACGCGAACAGACCGUAUGACACGAUUUUUUUUUUUUAGAACAUUUGGUGCUGUUUAAUACAUAAACAAUUGUAAUUUUACUUUUAUAUUCAUCCUUGAAUCCCAUUUCUGAAGAAUUAGAUUCGUCAUAGUUAUGUUAAGUGUACACUUUCAAAUAAUCACCUUUCCCUGUGCUUAAAAAUAUGUUUUACUGAAUGUUCUAUGAGUAACUGUAAUGUUCCGUUAUGUCCCCGAGGGUAGGGAUAAUGACCUUACAUGAUUAUGCUUUCGUUUGUGAUGGGUGGAGUGUGAAGUCAACAUUCCAAAGGCUUUCAAUAAGUAUUUAUAUUUGCUUAAUCAGCUUAAUAUGAAUUAUUAACAGUGAAGCUUCUUUCUAGAAUGGGCAGCUGAAAAGUUCACUAUGUUAGAGAUGACGCUUAGGAAAAGUAGUCUCUUCUGUUUGUUUUGUUCCGCGCUAAAAAUUUGACUACCGGUACGUUAAAGUAAUGUAGUUACGAUGGAAUCAGAUAAGCGUAUUAGUUGUACAUUACCUAACAAACAGAGAAGUCGUAUAAACAUUCAGUCGGGAAGGAAAGAAGCCGGAUCAUCAGUUGCUGAAUCCGCAUCUCUAACCAAAAUCGGUCAAGAAACGUCUGACGAAAGCACAGGCAACAGCAACCAGGUGAAUGAAACUGCAGCAAGCGAUGUCCCAAAGUGCAAGAUGUUACGCAAGAGAUUCAGGGUCAGCGUGGAGAUUGACAUGAUGUCCAUCACGUUAUUCCUCAUGGGACUGGCGACCAGAAUGUACAGGCUGGAGGAACCUAGAAGCAUCGUUUUCGAUGAGCUCCACUACGGGAAGUACGUUAGUCUUUACAUGAAAAGGACUUUUUUCUUUGAUUCACAUCCACCACUAGGGAAGCAGUUGAUUGCUCUUGUUGCAUAUUUGGCAAGUUUUGAUGGCCAGUUCAAGUUUGAUCGCAUCGGCAGCUCCUACCCGGACUCAGUUCCUCUGUUCGCACUGAGGUUCGUCCCGGCUCUGUGCGGGAGCGUGGUGAUCCCCGUGGCGUAUCACCUGAUGCUGGAGUUGGGGCUGUCCCAGUGGACCGCGGUGCUCGCCGGCUUCCUCCUGCUGUGUGACAAUGCCUUGCUCACACAGUCACGCUUCAUUCUCAUGGAAUCGAUGCUGCUCAUGUUCGCACUCUUUGGAUUGUUGUGCGUGAUGAAGUUUCGCCGUUAUCACGCACGGCCGUACUGCUUCCAGUGGUGGGGGUGGUUGAGUCUGGGGGCGGCGUCCCUGACGUGUGCUCUUUGCGUGAAGUACGUCGGGUUCUUCUCGUGCUGCCUUGGCCUGGCGCUGGUGGGGCAGGACUUCUGGCAGGUCCUGGGCAGCAGGCAGCUGUCGGACGGCGCGGUGCUGCGCGACUUCCUGGCCCGGGCGGCCGUGGUGGCGGCCGUGCCCGCCUCCAUCUACCUCGCCGUGUUCUACGUCCACCUGUCCGUCCUCGGCCGCGCCGGGCCUCACGACAGCAUCAUGACGAGCGCGUUCCAAGCCAGCCUCGAGGGCGGGCUGGCGUCCAUCACGCGUGGCCAGCCGCUGGAGGUGGCCCACGGCUCGCAGGUGACGCUGCGCCACACGCAUGGUCGCGCCUGCUGGCUGCACUCGCACGCCCACAUGUACCCCCUGCGCUACCCGGACAAGCGGGGCUCCUCCCAUCAGCAGCAGGUCACCUGCUACUCCUUCAAGGACGUCAACAACUGGUGGAUCGUGAAGCGGCCCCACCGGGACGACCUGGCCGUGUCGCUGCCCGUCGACGCCGUGCGGCACGGAGACGUGGUGCAGCUGGUGCACGGCCUCACCAGCCGCGCGCUCAACUCGCACGACGUCGCCGCACCCGUGUCCCCUCAGAACCAGGAAGUGAGCUGCUAUAUCGACUACAACGUGUCUAUGCCAGCUCAGAAUUUGUGGCGUGUGGAGAUAAUAAACAGGGACCAAGUUGGAGAUGUGUGGCACACAAUUGAGUCACUUGUCCACCUGGUGCACGUGAACUCGAGCCAGGCGCUGAGGUUCAGUGGCAGGCAGCUGCCCGACUGGGGCUUCAACCAGCACGAGGUGGUGACGGACCGCAUCGUCAACCAGGACGACACCGUGUGGAACGUGGAGGAGCACAGAUACACCAAGUCGGAGGACCAGAAGGACCGCGAGCGGGAGCUGGUGAACGCGGAGAUGAUCCCGCUGCGCGCCACCUCGCUCAGCUUCUGGGAGAAGUUGGCGGAGCUGCAGUACAAGAUGCUGUUCACCGGCCAGGAGAACGUCCAGAACCACAUGUACAGCAGCGAGCCGCUGGACUGGCCGCUGAUGGCCCGCGGCAUCGCCUACUGGGUCAGCCCGCACAGCAACGCGCAGGUGCACCUGCUGGGCAACGUGGUGGUGUGGUGGAGCGGAACGGCCGGCCUGGCGGUCUACAGCUGCCUGCUGGUGUUCUACCUGCUGCGGCGGAGACGCCAGUGCUACGACGUGUCUCCGGAACUGUGGCACAACUUCACACUAAUUGGAGAGGUGCUUCUGAGCGGAUAUCUGUUCCACUAUCUGCCGUACUUCUUCGUGGAACGCACCCUGUUCUUACACCACUAUCUGCUAGCUUUCACGUUUAAAGUGCUCCUUACGGCAGCAUUACUUGAGCACUUGCAUCAUGUCAUAAGCCUGAGGCUGAAGCGGCGGGCGUGGGGCCUGCUGUACAAGGCGCUGGUCGCCGCGUGGCUGGCGCUGGUCCUGGCCGUGUUCCGGCGGUUCACCGCGCUCAGCUACGGCACGACGCCUUUAACCGCCGCCGACGUCCUGCGCCUGCGCUGGAUGGAGUCCUGGGACUUCAUUGUGCAUCGCCAGUGAGAGCCAGCAUCGCCUGCGUCCGCUUCUACCCGUGUCCAGGAGUCGUUUCACUGUUUCGGGAACCACUAUCAUUUUUCAUGCAAAAUAUUUUUUGUGUUAAUCUUUUGUUUUACAUACUGUAAUGAAUGAAUGGACUUGAAUUAGAUAUUAAUUAUUUGUAUUUAAAUUUUACAAAACGGAAAGUUUUGAUAAAGGAGUACAUCGCUUUUUUUACAACCUUUUUUUACAUAUUAUAAAUUGCAGCUAAUCAUGUCUUUGUAUAUUAAUUAAUUAUUUGUGUCAGUGAAAAGUAAAAAAAAAAGAUAAGAAGUCUAUUGACUUUUUCAAUACCUCAGGACUAGGCUAAAUAGAUACAGUUUUAACAGGAACAGAUUAUUCUAAUACAGUGAAAGCUCUUUAAUCCAGGAUGUUUGGGUUCCUGGCCAUGCUGUGUUAUUGAAAGUCAAAAGUUAUAAAAAUUAUUGCAGUAUGAGGUUAUUUAAAAUAGGUCUUAAUAAGCUGAUUUAUGGCAAGGAAGAUAAACAAUGAAAAAAGUAAAAAAAAAAAAAAAAAAAAUAGGUGCAUGUGUAUUUAUGUAAGGGGCAAUACAUGCUCAUGGUGCACAUAUGUAAAUGUUUAAGGGUGUAAUUAAUAGGCUAACACUAAGUUCUGGGAUUGCAAAAAUAGAAAAUAAAGUAGGUUUUCUAUUUAUAUUUUUUUCAGACCAAUGUGGUAUUAAUCUUAGCACUGGCACAAAUAUUUUACAUUGACACUCAUGUAUGUCAGAUGGUUUUUCUGAUGUCCAGAGUUGAGUUAAAAUGUGUACUAUAAAUCACUCAUAAUUUCUAAUUUUACUUUUUGAAGAAAAUUAAGGUUUUCCUCUCAAUGAUUGCCAUAAAUAUUUUAAGGUCCUAACAGUGGCAUGGUGUAUUGAAGCGGUAGUGAUGCUACACUGCACUGUCUCAUGCUCAUGCACACGCUAAGGCGUCAGACAAGAACAGUACAAGGCGAUGUGGUAACGUGAAACAUGGCUGCUUCUACGGAGCACACAGACAACUGUGCAUGCAGUACUCGUAAUUAUAUAUUAUUUUUGCUAGUGCAACAAUUAUGCGAUAAAACAUUGUGUUGUUAGAGUUGCAUCAUAAUCAUCCACCUUGAAGAUAUUCAUUUCAUACUGACAAUGUAACAUGCUCAUUCAUUUAUAAACUGCAACACUCAAUGAUUAUACAAUGAAAUAGUACCAUUUCAUAAUGUGGCUGAGACAAAAACCCAAAGAAUUUUGUGCACCUGGUUUUGGGACACUGAUAUAACAAUGGAAUAACAUAAAUAAUGAUGCAGACUAUAUUGAGAAAUAAUAAUAGCUUUGAAGUAUCUUUCUGUUGUGACUUAAUGAGUUUCCAUUGUAGGUGAUCUCUACCACUGUGAUGUACCACACCAGUAUGAAGACCUUUUAAUCAUUCUUAUAAUCAUAUGUGUGUUUUGUUUUUGUACAAACUUACAUUUUGGUGAUGAUGGCAAGCCUGUGAGCUCAUGUAGGCUAUGAUUUAAUAAAUAUGGAAGUAGAUAAGUUACUCAAACUGACAUGGGAAUCAGUCUUGCCAGGUAGAUGGGUUUGUUUUCACGGUUGAAGCACAAAUUGUAAGUCCGAGUAGGUAUGCAAGAAAACAAGAUCUAAUUACAUUGUAGUUGAGUAAGAUUAUAGGAAUAAAAUUGAAUCUCUGAAGAGCUUUUGAAGGCUCCUUUGUCAGAAAGUCUAAUAAGCAUUAUAGAAGGUUGUUACUGUAAUUUAUUUCAUUAUUAUUAGUGAUGGCAUGAUGGGUAAAAUUUAAUUCAAAAAAUUAAAAAUUGAAUAUUGUUCUAUAAAAGUGUAAAAUUAAUUCCUUACAAAAUAUCAUUACUCAUGUAGACUUUUUCUAAAUAAUGCUGUCACAUCCUGCACUGUUAGCUCAUUUUGUCCAGAUAACUUGUUUUUCUCCAUACUACUAGUGGUUGUUUUCUCAUUCCAACACAUUUGCCCUUCUUAGUAAUCCAUUUGUCUUUGUAACAUUUAUAAACUCCCGUACGAACAAUUCAGAGCAACACUUAAAUUUCCUUAUAUUUUACUAGAGUUAUUUGAUCCAGCAAUCAAACUUUGAUUAACUUAUCUAAAUGCCAAUACACAAAUAUUGACAGUUCAUCAGUUAUUCUUACCUAAAUUCUGAAUCAGGGGUUUACAAAUAUUUGUGAGAUUAAGAUUGAUGAGACAACAUUUCAUGUGUCAUAUGACAUCUGAGGAAGUCAAGUUAUUUCCUAAUAUAGCUUUAAAAUAAAGUAAAUAAGUUUACACAGGUUUUAGUACCAAAUUCUCUAUUUUCACACUAUGUUGCACCUUACUACAUAUCAAAAGAAUGAAAAACCUAAUGUGUGGCAAGUUAGUCUACAUGAAAAUAUUGUGUUUCCACACGUCACUUGAGAUCGUAACAUUUGUAAUGUGAAAUAAAUUUCUAAUUUCCCAGACCAUAGUAGUUUUAAAGAACUUCAGCCACAUGUGAAAGACUUAAACCAAAUUUAUAAAAAUUGUAAAUAACUACUAAAUAAAAUAGGGUGACCACUCUUGGCAGUAUCUAAUUUUAGGUUUUUCAAAGUUUUCUCAUUAAAUGUUCAUUGUCAAAUUUUACAUUGAAAUAAAUUAUAAUUUUGUAUAUUGAAGUUUACAAGAUUGUACAUUUAUAGUCAAAUUAAAUAAAGCAUGAACACAUUAAAAGAAUAAAAAAAAUUUCCCCAUGAAGAGAUUUAACAAAUAAUUGUAACUAUUAAAAAUCAUAAUUUUUUUUGUCCAUAUGCCUUCAUCGAGGGCAUUUACUAAAGACCAGUUUUGUUAUUUCAUAAAAUAUACUAGUUUUCAAAUUUGUAAUACAGUAUUUCAGUUCCUUAGUUAUUGCAUGAGUAUGAUAUGUUCCAGUGCUGUUAAACCAAACCUAAACCAUUCCACCAUUAUUUAAAAUUACCAUGAUAAAUAAAAAUUAUAUAAUCUUACCACAAAUUUUCAAAACCCCCCCCCCCCCCCCCCCA